AUGGCGUCCCCAGCGACCGGCGAGGUGGUGAUCAUUGGCAGCGGACUCAUUGGGCAAAGCUGGGCUAUGUUGUUUGCCAGUGGAGGCUUCAAGGUGAAACUCUAUGAUAUUGAGCCACAGCAGGUAACAAAUGCCUUGGAAAAGAUCAGAAAAGAGAUGAAGUUUCUGGAGCAGUCAGGUUCUCUGAAAGGCUCCCUGAGUGCUGAAGAGCAGGGGUCGCUCAUCAGUGGUUGUUUGACUAUGCAAGCAGCGGCAGAGGGCGCCAUGCACAUUCAGGAAUGUGUUCCAGAAAACCUGGAGCUGAAGAAGAAGAUUUUUGCUCAGUUAGAUCAAAUCAUCGAUGAUAAGGUUGUCUUGAGCAGCUCCACGUCUUGCCUCCUGCCUUCCAACUUGUUUGCUGGUCUGGUGCAUGCAAAGCAGUGCAUUGUGGCCCAUCCCGUAAAUCCACCAUAUUAUGUGCCAUUGGUUGAGCUGGUCCCACACCCGGAGACGGCCCCUGCAACAGUGGACAGAACCUACGCCCUGAUGCGGAAGAUUGGGCAGUCCCCAGUCAGAGUCAUGAAGGAGAUUGAUGGCUUUGCCCUGAAUCGCCUCCAGUACGCCGUCAUCAGUGAGGCCUGGCGGCUCGUGGAGGAAGGAAUAGUUUCUCCGAGUGACCUUGACCUUGUCAUGUCAGAUGGCCUGGGCAUGCGGUAUGCGUUCAUCGGACCCCUAGAAACUAUGCAUCUCAAUGCAGAAGGUAUGUUAAGCUACUGUGACAAAUACAGUGAAGGCAUGCGACGUGUCCUAAAGACUUUUGGACCCAUUCCAGACUUUUCUGGGGCCACAGUUGAAAAAGUUAAUCAGGCCAUGUGUGUGAAAGUUCCUGAUGAUCCAGAGCACUUAGCUGCCAGAAGGCAGUGGAGGGACGAGUGUCUUCUGAGACUUGCCAAGUUGAAAAGGCAGAUGCAGUCCCAGUAG